AAGAACAAAAUGAAUAUGAAAUCAAACCUUCAUGAUUAAUGCUUUGCCAAAAUUCCAUGGCCUUGCAGGUGAGGAUCCUAAUAGGCAUCUUCAAAUACUUGAGAGGGUUUGUUCAACCAUGAAGCCUCCCACAGCAAACUUGGAGAAUUUGAUGCUCAAGGUCUUCUAUUUUACUCUUGAGGACAAAGCAAUCACAUGGUUCAAUACUCUUGCCACAAGGACCAUCAAUUCUUGGGUGGAGAUGCGAAAUUGCUUCCUUGAGAAAUAUUUUCCAGCAACCAAGUAUUCUCAACUAAGGAAGCAAAUCAUGGGGAUUCAACAACACCCUCAAGAAUCUCUUUAUGAGUAUUGGAUGAGGUUUCUUGAGUUGCUUGCAAAAUGUCCAUACCUAAAUGUGGGCAAGGAGUUCCUCAUUGAUUAUUUCCAUGUGGGGUUGCAAAUUCAUGAUAGAGAGACCAUAGAUGCUGCUGCAAAUGGAUCUCUAUUAGAUCUUCCACCGGAUGAUGCAUGGACCUUGUUGGAAAAGCUUGCAAAUAAUAACCAACAAUAUAGCUCAAGAGAUGCAAGGGGUGUUCACCAAGUGGGCCAAUCUUCUAUUGCUAAUUCCCAAUUGGAGGAUAUCUACUCUCAAUUGGAUUUUCUCAAGAUGUCUAUCUCCAAUCCUCCACAAGCUCAGAUUGCUUCUAUGUCCAAUGCUCUAGUGGCUCCUAUUUGUGGUAUAUGCAAUUCAACAAUGCAUAUCACCUCUAAUUGCAUGCAUGCUCAAGAUGUUGGGGCUGUGUAUCAACAACAAAAGCCCUACAAUUAUCAACAUAAUCAAGGGGCAAGGAACAAUUUUGAGGCUAACUAUGGGAGCACAUAUAACCCAAGUUGGAGGCAGCACCCUAACUUCAGCUACAAGGGUAAUCAAGAGGUUGUGCAAGCCAAGAAUUCUCAAGUGAUCCCUAUUCAAGAUGGUGGAGGUGAUAAACAAAUGUAUUCCUACCUUGAGAGGAUGGGUGAUGCUAUGUUUUCUAUGGGCCAAAAGUUUGAUUCUCAUGUGUCUAGGGCAGAAUCAAAAAUGGACAUGAUGCUUAAGAGGCUAGACAAUCUUGAAUCAAAGCAACAAAGCACUGAUUUGGUGGUACAACAAUUUGGGAAUUCAAAUAGCAUUAGCCAAGCUCAAGGAAGUGGAAAGCUCCCAACUCAACCUGUCAUCAAUCCAAAGAGCCUUAGUGCAAUUGAGUUGAGGAGUGGAAGAGUUCUUGAAGCCAUUCCAAGUGCCUCAAACCAUGGUGGCAGCAAGCCUAAUGAGGUUAUUUCAAGGAAUUCUCAAAUUUGUGAAGGAAGUCCACUUUCUCUUGCUGUUUCACGUGAUUCCACUUGCUGUGAUAGCAAGCUAAAUGUGCAUCCAAGUGCCUCACAUAGCCUCAACAACAUGACUUCUAUUUCUCUAAGUCCUCAAGUGAUUGAUGAUGAGGAUGACUCUAUUGAAGAGAUUGUAGUUGAGGAUGCAAAUGGGGCAAGAUCAGCCCUGAAUGCUCAAGAAAAAGAGGUGAAAUUGAGCUCAAAUCAAGGCCAAGAUAGUGCUGGAACAGCCACUGUUCAUCCAUCUUCUAAGGCAAAUGAGAAUGAUUCAAGCAAGCCUAAGGAGAAAGAGGUGUUGGGAAGAAGAGAGCCUCCAAAAGAAUAUCAAAUUGGGGACCCUAUUCCAAGGGAUAUGCCAUUCCCUAAGGCCUUGACUAGAUUUGCUAAGAAAGGGCAAGAAGAAGAUAGGCAUGAUGUGUUUGAUAUGUUGAAGAAGGUGGAAGUGAACAUACCACUUCUUGAGAUGAUAAAAAGCAUGCCUAAGUGUGCAAAGUUUUUGAAGGAGUUGUGCACUAAUAAAAGGGGAUUCAAACCAUUGGCUACAGUUCAAAUGAGUCCUAAUAUUAGUGCUGUCUUCAAGCCACAACUCCCUCUAAAGUGUAGAGAUCCGGGGGCAUGUACCAUUCCUUGUCAAAUAGGGAAUGUGUUUGUUCAAGAAGCCUUGAUUGACCUAGGGGCAGCUAUCAAUGUGAUGCCCACUCACAUUUAUUCUUCCCUUAAUCUUGGUGGUCUUCAAGAUUGUAGUGUCAUCUUGCAACUAGCCGACCGGAGCACUAGGAAGCCUAAGGGAUUCUUGGAAGACAUCUUAGUGAAGGUCAAGGACUUGGUUUUUCCAGCAGAUUUUUAUGUGUUGGACAUGCAAGAAGGAGGUCAAGGCACACUCAUCCUUGGGAGACCUUUUAUGAUGACAUCAAGUACUAUAUUGAACAUGAAGGAAGGUAAACUUACCAUGGAGUUUUUGGACAGCAAGAUUGAAUUUAACAUAUUUGAUAGCUUGAAAAACUCUUAUAUUGAUUACAGCCUUCAUUUUGUGGAUUGCAUUGAUGAUACACUUGAUGGAAUCAUUGAUGAGAUUUCUAUGCAUCCUAGCUUGGAUGAUGUUGCAUCUUUGCCUAGCUUCACUUGUUCAUGCACUCAUGACUCUAUUUGUGUGAAUUGCAAUAACAUAGUGUUAAUUUUGUCUAAUUUGAAAUCUCAAGAUGAAUUGCAUUCACUUGAGCAUGAGCAUUUGAAUGGCAGCACACUUGACAUGCAUCACUCAUCUACUUGCACUCCAUUUGAAGCACUUGUGUUGUCUAGUUCCUCACAUGACCAAACAUAUGCUUCCUUGAGUGAUUUGCUUGCAUUAGAUGAGUUUGAUGAUUUGAGUAUCAAUUCUGGAAAUUCUGUUGAUUUAGUGAUUGAAUCAAGUGAUGAGAGUGAAAUUGCAUCUAAUGAUGGCCCUAGUUCAUCUUCCACAUGUCAUUUUGCAUCACAUCAUUUGAUUUCUUCUAGUGAAUUUAAUUCUGGAAUUUUUGACAGCUUUGAUCCUUUUGUGCCUAAUCAUUCUCCAAGGUUGGAGGAGUGUUCUACUUGUGAUGUUUCAGGUUUAGGGACACUUGAAAGGCAUGAACAAAGUGAUUUUGGGGCUGUUAAUGAUUCAAGAGGCGUGCAAAUUGGUGCUGAAAGUCCAGAAUCAGAUCUAGCCAAACCUGGAAUUAAUUCUGGAGCAAGCCAAUCAGAUCUGGAUGUGAGGCACAAGGUUGGAACCAAGCAAGUCAAUUUGGACGAAAUUUUUCACACAGCAGCUGUGAGAAGCUUGGACAUGCCACUUGAAGAGGAAGACAUGGAUCUAGCAAGGCAAAUUCAAGUGCAAAAGAUCCCUCCAAGCAUCAUUGAGCCACCCAAUCUGGAGUUGAAGCCACUUCCUUCACAUCUUAAGUAUUCUUACUUAAGAAAUGGUAAUCAACUUCCUAUUAUUGUUUCUUCUUCACUAACCCCUAUGGAAGAGUCUUUAUUGUGUGACGUAGUGAGGAAGAACAUUGAGGCUAUUGGGUGGACACUUGGAGACAUUCCUGGAAUUAGCCCUCAAACUUGCACACAUAGGAUCAUGUUGGAGGAAAAUGCCAAGGCAAUAAGGCAGCCACAAAGGAGGUUGAAUCCUCUCAUACUUGAUGUGGUAAAGAAGGAGGUCACCAAACUCUUGAGUGCAGGUAUAAUCUACCCUAUUAGUGAUAGUGAAUGGGUGUCUCCGGUGCAAGUUGUGCCCAAGAAGAGUGGAAUUACUGUGGUAAAGAAUGAACAUGAUGAAUUGAUUCCUACUAGGGUACAAAAUAGUUGGAGGGUAUGCAUUGAUUAUAGGAGGUUGAAUGAGGCAACCAAGAAAGACCAUUUCCCUCUCCCAUUUAUUGAUCAAAUGUUAGAAAGAUUAGGGGGGAAAUCUCAUUAUUGCUUUCUUGAUGGAUAUAGUGGUUAUUUUCAGAUUUGCAUUGAUCCGGUUGAUCAACACAAAACCACUUUCACUUGCCCAUUUGGUACCUUUGCAUAUAGAAGAAUGCCUUUUGGAUUGUGUAAUGCUCCAGGGACCUAAAGAUGCAUGUUUGGUAUUUUUAGUGAUUUUAUUGAAAAUUGCAUGGAAGUGUUCAUGGAUGAUUUCACAAUUCAUGGGGAUUCUUAUUCUUCUUGCUUGAGAAAUCUUGAUAAAGUCCUUGCUAGAUGUGUGGAGAAGAACUUGGUUUUGAACUUUGAGAAGUGCCAUUUUAUGGUUGAGCAAGGGAUUGUCUUGGGCCACUUGGUUUCAAGCCGUGGCAUUGAGGUGGAUAGGGCCAAAAUUGAAGUGAUUUCAUCUCUGCCCUAUCCAACUAAUGUCAAGGACUUGAGAUCUUUCCUUGGCCAUGUGGGUUUUUAUAGAAGAUUUAUUAAAAAUUUUUCAAAGAUUGCACAUCCCUUGUCUCAAUUACUUCAAAAAGAUGUCAAAUUUGAGUUCUCUCCAAGUUGUAGAGAUGCAUUUGAUGCUUUGAAGGCUAAGCUUGUUUCCCCUCCUAUUUUGAGGAGUCCUAAUUGGUUGAACCCAUUUGAGAUUUCAUGUGAUGCCUCUAAUUUUGUUGUUGGGGCUAUGUUGGGACAAAGGGAAAACAAGCUACCUUAUGUCAUUGCAUAUGCAUCUAGGACUUUAGACAAAGCACAAUGCAAUUACACUACAACUGAAAAAAAAUUGUAUGCAUUAGUGUUUGCUCUUGACAAGUUUAGAUCUUACUUGUUGCAUUCCAAGGUUGUUUGUUUUACAGAUCAUGCGGCCUUGAAGUACCUUUUAAAGAAGAAGGACACCAAGCCACGUUUGCUUAGAUGGAUGCUUCUACUUCAAGAGUUCAAUUUGGAGAUCAUUGAUAGGAGUGGAGCAACAAAUCAUGUGGCGGAUCACUUGAGUCGAUUGCAUUAUGACUCCAUUAUGACUCUUGAGGAAGCAAAUUUGGAAUCAAGGAGCAAUGACUAAAGUCAACCUCAUUGGAGAAUUCAAGAGCAAGAGAGAGAGGGCUUAUUUGGAAUUUUAAUUCUAGAAUUGAAGAGGCUGUGAUAUUGGCACCUAAUUUCAGAAAUUAAUUGGAGGAAUUAAUUAAAUAAAAUAUUAGGAGCAUGUGUGUGACUUUGUGCGUGACUCAAAUCUGAUUUCAAGAAGCAUUGCAUGACAUCAUCAAGGGAAAACAAGGAAGCAUUUGGUGCGUGAUAUAAUGCUGAUUCAAAGAAGGCAUUGGGUGACAUCAUCAUGAGGAUUAACCAAGAAUAUAAGAUGCGUGACUUCAUAACUGAAUCCCUGAAGAGUUACGUGGCAGCUGGCUGAAGCUUAAUUGAAGUCACAUGGUCUACACUUCAUUCACAAUUUCCAUGCUUCCUUGUCCAGAUCAGAUUGGCGCCAUUCUUCCUCUGAUUUUCCAGAAUUAUUUGCUCAAUUUUUAAUUCAUUUUCCAGCUCAUAAUUAGCCACAUUCAGAUCUGGAACUUUGGUUUCAUCACCAUUUAGCUUUGGAAUUAUCAACCAUUCACAUUAUUCACACAUACAUAAGCCUAGAUUUCAGACUAGAGUCUCAUUCUACACAUUGAUCCUCUCUCUCUAGGUCUGAUUUCUCUCAUCUCCAGCCUCCACAAUUCACGCCAUUCCUCAAGUAUUGGGAGUUCCAGAUCUGGUUCUCCUCCAUUUCAAGCUCCAAGUUCGUUUUUCCAGCAUCAAUCCAGAUUGUUCAUCAAGUGUUCAUUAUCAAUUCCAUCAUUCCAGAUUUGUUCCUUCAUUUCCUUCAUCAUUUUUUCCUUCAAUUUUCGUUCAUGUUCUUCCAUUGCCCAGACUUGUUUCUUGUCUCUCCUCUUUGAUUCUUCCACCUUGUGUCAUUCUCUUCCCCAUUGUUCAUCAAUUUCGUUCCUCAUCUUUCCAAUUCCAGCAUUAAUUUUGUCCAUAUUCAGUCACAUAUUUUCCAGAUUCAAGAUGUCUUCUCAAGCCCAAGGUCUGAUUCAAGCAAAGAGGAAGAGCAUGAGAGGCUGAUCAUUUAGAGCUCCAAGAAAGAUGACUUGACAUUAUGAGAUUUCCAGAUUUGUAAUUGUUGUUCAUUUUCUUGAUUUCAUGUUCUUGUCUUGAUUCUUUGAGGAUUUCGAAUUUUGAACCUGUUUUGGUUGAAGACUUUGUGAUUCUAAUUCAGAUUUGAUGAGAAUAUGAAUGUUGAAUUUAGAUUUU